GCUCAUCAUCUAAUAAUCCGGUUUGGGUACGGAGGAGGUAGGGGAAGAGAGAGAUGAGUUAUGGCUGCAUAUACUGCUUCCCCCAGAUGCAGACCAGACGAGCAACCCGCUUCGUCCAUGUCUGCCUUCCCCAUGUAUAUCUGAGAGUUUGCUGCAUUCCUUGCUUCAGAGUUCGUAACAUACCAAUAUAUACCCCUUGUGUUCCGCGUCCGCAGCGGCCAGGAAGAGCGGACAUGAGAGAGAGCAGGAAGGCUCGGCCCGAGCGGUCGGCUUCGUUCCACGGCCGGACGACGACGUUAACGGCCUCCCCGCUGGACCGCAGCCAGAUUCGGCGGCCUAAGACCCAGCCGGAACUGCUGCCCCGGGGGAGGAGCGGCGCGGGAGAGGAGCGGAGGUUGCCGGCGAAGGUGCUUGUGAACGUGUCCGUGCAGCGCAGCCUGGGGCCGGUGCAGGUGAUGGCGUCCGCGGAGUGGAGCGUCGGGGACCUGGUGGCCGCCACGGUCCGGCUCUACGUGAAGGAGGGGCGGCGGCCACCCAUCCCCACGGCGGAGCCCUCCGCCUUUGGCCUCCAUUACUCCCAGUUCAGCCUCGAAGGUCUGGAUCCGGAGGAGAAGUUGAUGGGGUUGGGCUCAAGGAACUUCUUCCUCUGCCUCAACCCCGUCCCUGUUUCAGAAGCAGCAAGCGCAGCAGCAACAGCUACCGCUGCCUCUGCAACUGGUUCUCGCUUCAAACAAGCCGAGAAGUCAUCAGAGAUCGGCAUCUCCUGCUUCAGUUUCAUGGACUUCUUGCUAUAG